AUAAGAAAGCAAAACCGGCUGUUGCAUCGUUGCAUCGUCCCAAAAAAACCCAAAGGCGCGCGUCCGGUGCCAAAAUUUGCUGUCCGAGAAUACUGGUUUUCCUGUCGGGCGCAGUCUUUUUUGGGCCGUUUUGGUUGUGAUGUCCCCAUUCCAGCAAGAGGUACUUAUGACAAAGACAAAAUCAUCGGGGAAGAAACUCGGCAAAGAAUGUUUGGUGUUGGAGUAUAAAAACCUUCCAACCGCACCAGACGGUCAGCAAAAUGAGAUCGUUUGUACUUGCACUUGUCUGUCUCAGUGCCGCCGCUGCCAGUGCUGAGCAGAUCGACAUCGAUUGGUCGAAGGUGCGACCGGUCGAGGAGUUCGAUCACUACUGGACCCGUCUGCCACCCGCACUACAAGUCUACCGUAACGAUACCUCAACGGACCGCGUCGUCAACGGGCAGGAGGCUCUGCCCGGCCAGUUCCCGUACCAGGUCGCACUGCUGCUCAACUUUCCCGAUGGUACGGCGCUUUGCGGCGGUUCCGUACUGACGCGUAACUUCAUCCUGACGGCGGCCCACUGUGUCAGCGCUACCAGCACCACUCUCGUUACCGGCGGUAUCGCCAUCAUGGGAGCACACAACCGCACCGCUAUGGAGCUUUCGCAGCAGCGCAUCCGCUUUACGUCUACUGGCAUCCGGCGUCAUCCCGAGUACGACGAUACCAGUCUGAGGAACGAUGUGGCACUCAUCUUGCUAAACUCUCCCAUGACGUUCACGUCCCGGGUGAAACCGAUCAGUUUGCCGGCUCGCACGGAUACGCGCCAAUUUGAAGGUUUUACCGGUACCGUGUCUGGGUUCGGGCGCUCGUCGGACGCUAGUCCGUAUCCUUCGUCUAUACUUCGAUUCACCAGCAACCCGAUCAUGACGAAAGCGGAGUGCAUUGUGAGCUGGGGCUUCACGCUGGCCCAGAGCCAGAACGUGUGCCUGAAGUCGACCGGUGGACGAUCGUCCUGCAACGGGGACUCCGGUGGGCCACUUACGGUGAACUCGGGUGGAGUGCUGCAGAUUGGCACUGUGUCAUUCGGAUCUUCAUACGGCUGUGCGUCCGGCUGGCCCUCGGUGUACGCUCGUGUGUCGUACUUUCUCCCGUGGAUCAAUCAAAAUAUAUGGUGAAAAUAAGAACACAACCUCAAUCCGGUUUCGAUUGCACGAGAGACAGGUGAAAGGUGUUAGGGAAUUAAUCGUGGGUGAUAGGGAAU